GUCCUUACAGAUCCGGAAGUGACGUAUCUUGUAACGUCAUCAGUAGAUCAGUAGCACCAGAAACGUUCGCAGAUAGUCGUAAUAAUGAGGCUGGACCCAAAUGAUGAUGAAGAUGUGUCUUUAUUUGAUGCUGAGGAAGAUUCAGCCACAAGAAAGAGCAAAAUCAAGCAUCCGCUGGCGUCCUUCUUCCACCUGUUCUUCCGGGUCAGUGCGAUUAUGGUCUACCUGCUGUGUGGUUUAUUUGGAGGAAGCUUCAUCGCCUGUAUGGUCACCAUCAUCCUCCUCCUGUCAUGUGACUUCUGGACUGUGAAGAAUAUCACAGGGCGUCUGAUGGUGGGUCUGCGCUGGUGGAAUCAAGUGGAUGAUGAUGGAAAAAGCCAUUGGGUGUUUGAGUCCAGAAAGGCCACUGGGACUCAGUCUUCAGCAUCACGAACCUCAAACGCAGAGUCUCGAAUCUUCUGGCUGGGUCUGAUCAUCUGCCCCGUCAUCUGGGUCGUUUUUGCUUUCACUACACUCAUCUCUUUAAAGAUAAAAUGGCUGGCGGUGGUGAUAAUGGGAGUGGUGUUACAGGGAGCGAACCUCUACGGAUAUGUGCGCUGUAAAGUGGGAGCCAGAACAAACCUGAAGAACAUGGCAACAAAUUACUUUGGAAGGCAGUUUCUAAAGCAGGCUUUCACAAAACAAGAGGAAUCUUAGGAAGGAGUGUCUGACCUUCAGAAUUCACACGAUGAACUUUUAAUAUUUCAUUUUUAAAAUGAUUGAAAUGGUUACUUGGUUAGCUGAUUUGUGUUGUUUGUUUUCUAUAAUUUGUUAAGCACAACCUGUUAAAUAAUAUGUUUGACAUUUAAAAAUACGUUUAACUUCUUUAUAUUACUUAUUUUUUAACUAACUAACUUAAAGAAUGCAGAUUUUUGUUAUAAAAUAUUGCAUGACAUUAUGUAUUAUGCUUCUGUUUUGCCGACAGUGACACAAAACAACAGAUGUACAUAUUUAUAUACUGCAGUAAAUUAUUGUUUUUGGGUGGGGGGGAUGGGGGGGAAUUAUAUAUACUUUCUCUAGUUAAUGAUAUGAAAGUUGAUUAUUGAGUGAUUGUAUCUCAUGUUCACUGAAUUCAAGAAAUGAAGUUGUAAAAAAAGGGGGGGGGGGUGUGGUCAUCAUAAACCAAUUUUUAUUUAUUGGUUUAAAGAGUAGUAAAAAAGGCAUUAUUCAAUAAAUUAUAUCAUUGUAGUAUUGGAGUGACCACCAGACUCUCUCUCUCUCACACACACACACACACACACAAUCCAUCGCUUUAUAUAGGCUACCUAAAAUUGUGCCUAUGGAGGGCACUGAUGUGUUUAAUCAUCAUCAACAUAUAUUUUUAAUAUAAAUAACUAUAAAUGAGUUCCAAAUGACACUUCCCAGAUAGCAACUUUGUGUCGGCCCACAUCUGCCAUGUGUAAAAAAAUAAAUAAAAUAAAACAGAACAACAGGAAAUUUCUAA